AGUCAUAUUGUUAUGAUGAUACCGAAACCUCAGAGAAUACCGUUUUGGAAAAACAAUAUCUUGGUGUACCAAUUACCAGUGUGGAUCUGUAUAUACACCAUUAUUCCAGUAUUAUCUGUCAUAGUUUUUAGAUAUGCCCAUUUCAGAAAAAAUACAGAUAAAAAGAAUUUUGGAUCGUCUGUGGGCAAUAAUAUUUUCUUUGUUCUUGGACUUAGCCUAAACGUAUCGGCAAAUAAGAUACCGAAAUCUUGGAACUUGAGAGUUUUACUCGGUUUCUAUCUGUUUUUCUGCUUAUUGGAACUGACAUACCGACAGACUAAAAUCACAAGCUUUUCGACAAUAUCUUUACAUGAAAAACGAGUUAGAAAUAUAGAAGAUCUUAUAGAUUCCGAUAUUCCAGUCAAAAGUUUUAGAAGCAGUGCAAUGGUUCUUCCCGACAACAGUCCAUUGUUGUCAAAAAUCGAAUAUUUACCUGAUGAACCUUACGAAAAUUUAACUCUCAGAGCUGCUGAAGAAAGGUUUGCAACUAUAUGGGGUGAGAUUGGAUUCGUCGCUCAUCCCUUUCUGUAUGAAGUAAUGGAUUACUUUAAUCUUUACAUGUACCAGAUAGGUUUUUAUAUGCCGGAAACUCAUAUUUUCUACGAACAUUUUGACUUAUCGAUGCGGAAGGUUAUACAACGUGGUUUUCUGGAAAUGCUGUAUGGAAAAUACAAACAUUUUUUCAUGCUCAAAUACAGACAUGCUUAUCCAAGUAAAGAUUUGAGUGUCAAAAAAGACUUAAAAAGUUGUAUGUUCAUGUUUAUUGUUUUGUUUGCUGGAUAUUGUGUUUCACUGCUAGUAUUUGGAAUAGAACUACUUAUGGCAAAAAGAUGGAACACACUCACAAAAAAUAGAUGGUUUUGUAAAUGGUUUUGGAAGAAAAAGUAAAACGUUUUUACUGUCAAGAGCUGGAAACAAGAAAUGCACAACCUAUUAGAAUUUUUUGUGUUUGCAUGUUUAAUUUGAAUAGAUAUUUAAA